GUAGUCAACUUCUGGUACUCAAUUGAGGUGCUCCACGCAGAUCUCGCGCUUCGGUCGUUUUUUUUGGAUGUUGAGAUUUCAGUGGGAAAGGCGCAAAAGGAGCUGAGUGUACUCACCGCCCAGCAGAACACGGAUUUAGUCUGUGAAGGAAUAUUCAAAAAAAUAAAUUCAGAGCAGCACCUUUCUGGGUGGAUCCAGCAAAUCCAUCCCAGGAAAUAAAAAGCAUUCCAGGUGAUUGUUCGUCGACAUUUUGGAAUUUCCUGCAGAUCGUCGGCCCAAAUGGAAAGGCAUGUGAUGGGAAAAGUUUCACCAUAGGAAACACUUUAUCAUCAUCUUUCCCGAAAAUAACGUGUGCAGUGUGUGUGAGAAAAAUUCAGUGGACAUUCUCACGGCGGAAACUUGGGAGGAGAGAACCUAGUUUGUGUGUUGAAAAAGAAGUUUUUUUUGUAGUUGAAGAAUUCCACGUUAGUUCUGAAAGUGAAUUAAAUUAAGAAAAAUUAAAAAAAAAAAGUGAAGAAUGGAUGCAAGUGGAACAACAACGACGGAGACGUGCUACGGAGGCGGAGAUCUGGCCAGUGCCAUAAUAUUGACCAUCAUCUUUGGGGUUCUUUUGCUGCUACUACUUCGGUGGCUGUACAAGAAGUACUGGAUUAAUCGGAAAGGACCACAUUUGGUGCAGGAGGACGUGGAAACGGGAAAAUCGGCCGAAUAUGCAUUCGAUAAUCCCGCUUUUAAGACUGAAGCCAAGGGUGGGAGCACAAGUGGAGGAACAUUGGAAACCAAGUGGCUGUCAAAGGAGAACGGAAAGGCCAUUGAUGAGGGUCCAACAACUCCAGUAGCCACCAGGAAUGUCUCACUGCGUGGUUCAGACUUCACAGGAUUGGGCAUUGAGCUCAAUGGUGGCCUCAAGGAGGGUAUCUACGUGCGAAAGGUUGCAUCUCAGGGCCCAGCGGCUGGGAUCGUCAAUAUUGGUGAUCGUAUCACCAGCAUUACAAUUGAUUUCCGACAUAUUGUCCAAGAGGAUGCUGCGGCAAUCCUCAGCUAUGCAUCCCCGUACAAUGUGAGGCUGGAAUUGGUCGAGGGGAAGGGAGUCGUUGUGACACCAAGCCCCAAAUCUGGACAUACAUCCAUGGCUCAGCAACUGGGAAGGACCAGUAGUCAGUCAGAUACGAGCUCGAUUGAUCGCAAUACAAAGAAGAAUCUUUUCCCGGGAGAUGAUCAUGUGGAUGCCAAAUCAUCACCUGUGCAGGUGAUUCAGCGCGAAAAUGAGAAGAAGCCAUCAUUCACGCAGCAAGUUAAGGGGUUGAUUGAGGAGAAGUUGCAGCAUAAGAGUGAACCACCAAAGGUACGCGAUGAACCAGACAAGGAAGCCCCAGCAUCCCCCACGGACAAGAGCAAGGGACUCAAAUUCGGGAUCCGUGUCCUACCGCCCAAUGUCAAUGAGAAACUCUUCGGGAAGAGUCCAACAAAAAUCCAGGCAGACAAUGAGAAUAAUUCAAAUCUCGAGAAGAACGACACGGAUGAUGUGAAGAAUCAGGAAGUUCCACCUGUGGCACAGAAGAGGAAGGAAAAGAAAGUCCCGGAAGCUGCUGAAAAUGCCACAGAAGUGGGUUCCUUUGAAAGGACCACUGUGAUCAAUUCGAGUGGAAUUAAGCGCGAUGCUGCAGGGAUCCCACAGGAAGUCCCCGAUCACAUGAUGCAGGCAGCCAUGUCGGCUAAGGAGAACCGGAAGAGUGUUGUGCAGGAUAGUGGGAAGAAGGGUAAGGGCAAGGCACCAUCACCACCACCGGGUGAAGUGGAAGAGAAGGGAGAUGUGCUGAACUUUACGGAUAACUUCGUAAAGGAACCAAGUACAAAUUCCACGCCCAAGAGUGAACGGAAGAAGAGUCCGAGUGACACGGAAAGUCAGCAGGCUGAUCGAACGGGUGAUUCAGACGGGGAAGAAGAGCCAUCGUCACACAUUGAGUUGUCUUCAAAUCAUAUAACCGUCCAUCAGUUGAGCGAUGAAGAGGAAGGCAGGAGAACAGCUAGCCUGGGUGAUCUGUCGAAGAUUGAGGCAUCAAAGAGUCCCACAGGUGGGAGAUCCAAUACAGCAACACUUGAGCGUGCACAGAGUUUAGAGAUCACCGAACAACCCGGUUCAGUUGUGACGCCGAAAAAACGAAAGGCACCAGCUGUUGAUGUUGAUAUCUUCAUUGAGAAGGAACCUAGGUUGAGCCUAGACAUGGGUGGUGGAAUGGAAGCCCUGAGGGGUCGUCUUAAAAGUGCCAAUGAAUGGGGAAAUCUCGAAGAUGCCAUCUAUUCAAUCAAGGAUCAUGCCGAUGAGGAGCAUAGCUCGGACACAGAGUCCCUAAAUCGAAGUGAUGAAGAUCACAAGCCGGACGCUUCGAACAGCCUUAUGAAGGAAAUAAUGGCGGUUGCGGAUAAAUUUGAGGCUGAAUCCCGGAAAGUCAUUGAGGAAGUGCCCAAGAAGACAAUGGAUCAGCUGCUAAAGGAAAAGCUCGAAGAAGCCCAAGCUGCUCUGAAUGAUGACUCCGAUCUUGUACCCGUUGUCAAGCCUGCUAUACCGAAGCGAAGUAGCCUGGAGACCGCGAAAGUGGAUACACCGUUGCGAAAUGGGAAUGUUCGGGAUGUACCACGUGAGGAGAACAUCACAUACACACCGAUAAAUGUUGUGGAUACUUUUGGGACGAACGUUCCAGAUGACGUCAAGGUGUCCAGAUAUCCGUUUGGUAGUCUGGAACGUCCCAAAUCUGAUGUUCUGAAGAAACUUCUUGCACAGAAGAUAACACUGGAGGAACGGGACGCCCCGGUGAAUAGAACAACAAUGACCAUCCUUCCGGAUGAGCAGCUAAUUGAGAAUGAACCCCAACCAAUAAGCCUCACCCUUAUUGGGGGUGUUGAGUCCGACAAGACGGAGAGUAGUCAAAUCUCUCCGGUUUAUUCGAGUGACAAUAUGGGUGUGAAUAGUAUCAGUAUCUCCUCAAUGGAGAUUCCACCACAGCAAGUUGAAACAACAAGCCUCACCACCCGCAUAGUUCCAGAUGCAGACAAUGUGGUGACAAUCACCACAGAUGCCAGUCAACCGUCGUCAAUUAUAAUGAUUGACGAUGAGUGCCUUGACUUUACGUUGCAAACACCCCCGCCCGAGAGGACGCCAUCGCCAGUGCCACAGGAGGAAGACGCCGAAGAGACGCAUGAGCAUGAGGAGCAAGGUGGUCAUGAUACCAAGACCUUCGUAACGGAAAUUCGAGUUCAAACACCCGACAAGAAUCACACGCAAAUCAAAUUAACAGACUCCAAUGAUCUGCAAGAUAACUUCCCACGCAACAGUGAGAUUAAGUUCACGACGUCAACGUAUGAAUCCCCCGGAAGGGUUGCCGAGAAGCGUCUGAGUCAGAUUGAGCAGCUACGGUCGAAUUUUGAGAAGUCCCAGCAGCAAUCUGAAAUCCCCGUGCCAGUACGCAAGAGUUCAAUUCCAACACUGAAGCUCAGCCCCUCCAAGAUACCCGUGUUCAAUUCGACCAAGAGUCAGGAGCCACCAACACAGCGACCGACCAACAAUAAAGUUUCCGUGAGUGUGACGUCCAUUAAGAACUCAGCCAGGCAUCCCAGUGGGAAGUAAGAAGUCUUCCUGCCAUGCUUUUGGAUGCGACCAAUUUGCUCUAUUUACUCAUCUAUUUGUAAUAUGUACAUAAAAUAAACGAUCAUGGUAAAAUAUUAAAUGAGAAAAAAUAAUUCAAAA